AUGGCUCGACAGGAAAUAAAAACUAAACGCCAACAAUUGAAACUUCCGGUACAAAUCGAAUGGAUUUGGCAUGUUCAUCGUCUUCAUCCUUUAAAUUAUCAUGCUGAUUGUAGUAAACAACUUCCAGACGGUAAACUUGUUGAUAAAAAAGUUCGUCAAUUUCUACAAAAUCCUGAAAACCAUCGUGAUUCAAAGAUCUCGUUUUCAUCAAUAAGUAAUCAUUUAUUAUUUGUUCCAUCAAUUGAUUUGAAAAAAGCCGUGAUUCGUCAACGUGAUUUUCUUGAAAAAUUCCAAAGACAUUAUCUGUAUUCAUUCGAUUUAAAAAAGAUGGAUCGUUCACAAUUCGAACAUUUGGUACAAAAUUAUAUAUCGUUUAUGAAAUUGGCUCAAAAAAACCACAUGAUCGUACCUACUUUUGAUAUUGAUUUGAUCUGGCAUACACAUAUGAGAUAUCCAUCACAGUAUCAAUCUGUUUCAACAGCUCUAUGUGGUUUUAUUCUUGAUCAUAAUGAUGCAAUAGAGUCAAAUAUUUUGAGCGAUGCUUAUCAGAAAACUGCUGAACGAUGGGAAAAGACUUAUAAAUCCGAAUAUGGUCACAAUAUUGAUCGAAAAAAUUUAGAAACAUCACAAUACAUGAGUUCAUGCGCAAUGGUUUUCGUGCCGCUUUUCAUUUCGAGUGGUGGUGGAGCAUCAUCGUGUGGAGCGAUUGCAGGUGGCUGCGGAUCAAGUUGUGGCGGUUGUGAUGGAGGUGGAGGCUGUGGUGGUGGUGGUGGAGGCUGUGGUGGUGGUGGUGGUGGAGGCUGUGGUGGUGGUGGUGGAGGCUGUGGUGGUGGUGGAGGUUGUAGUGGAGGUGGAGGCUGUGGUGGGGGCUGUGGUGGCGGAGGAUGUGGUGGUUAG